AUGGCCUCCUCCUCCUCCUCCGUCGCCUUCGCUCUCCUGACGGCCCUCGCCGGCCGGGCCUCGGCCAGGACGCACAAGACGCCGACGCCCCAGAUGGGGUGGAACAGCUACAACUACUACAACUGCUACCCGAACGAGACCAUCAUCAAGCAGAACGCGCACGCGCUGGUCGACACGGGGCUCGCCGAGGCCGGGUACACCACCGUCACGACGGACUGCGGGUGGCCGGCCAAGGACCGCGCCGCCGACGGCCAGCUCGUGUGGAACCCGGAGCUGUUCCCGUCCGGGGGCGGCAAGGAGCUCGGCGACUACAUCCACAACCUCGGCCUCAAGUACGGCGUCUACUCCGGCGGCGGCUACUUCCAGUGCGGCUCGACGGACCAGCCCGCCUCCCUGAACCAUGAGCUCACUGACGCCAAGUCCUUCGCCGCCUGGGGCGCAGACUCGCUCAAAUACGACAACUGCUAUGCCGUGAAGCCCGAUGUCAUGGUGGACUUUGUCCAUCCAGAUGCCGUCUCCCCGGACCGCUUCGAGACAAUGGCCGAUGCGCUCAACACGACGGACCGCGACAUCCUCUACCAAGUCUGCCAGUGGGGCACAGGAACUGACCUGGGUAUCUGGGCACCAAAGCUUGGAGGCAACAGCUGGAGAAUCAGCAACGACAUCUACAACGGCUGGCGCAGCAUCUGGCGCAUCGCCAACCAGGUCGUGCCCUUCUACAAGCACACCGGCCCGGGCGCGUUCCCCGACAUGGACAUGUUGCUCAUCGGCCUCAACGCCCUGUCGAUCGAGGAGGAAAAGUUCCACAUGGGCAUGUGGGCCAUCAACAAGUCCCCGCUGACCCUCGGCGCCCCGGCCAUCCCCGGCCUCGUCCCGGACUCGGCCCACGCCAUCCUCACCAACCGCGAGGUCAUCGCCCUCAACCAGGACCCCCUCGCCCGGCAGACGGAGCUCGUCCGCCGCUACACCGAGGAGGAGUGGGACGUCUGGGCCGGCGAGCUCUCCGGGUCCCGCCUCGUCGUCGGCCUCGCCAACUGGCGCAACGACUCGCAGAGCGUCCGCGUCGACCUCGCCGCCGUCCUGGGCGUCGCCUCCGCCGCCGCCGCCCGCGACGUGUGGGCCGCCGCCGACCUCGGCCCCGUCUCGGGCACGUACGAGACCACCCUCGCCGGCCACGAGCUGAAGCUGCUCGUGCUCUCGGACAUCGUCGCCGAGCCGAAGCCCGUCCACGCGUCGGCCGGGUACUACACGGCCGCCACCGACGCCGCGCUGUCCGGCUCGGCAGUCAAGGUCGCCUGCGCCGACGGCCAGUGCCUCCCGAGCAAGGCAAAAGUGGGCAACAUCGGAUCCGGGGCCGCGGUCAGGUUCGAGGGCGUCGCCGCCACGUCGGAGGGCGCGAAGCUGCUGGGCGUCGACUUCAUCAACUACGACGUCGCGCUGGACUCGGCGUGGGGGUUCGGCUCCAACACGCGCAACCUGACCGUCUCCGUCAACGGCGGCGCCGCCAAGCGCUGGGCGUUCCCCAUCUCGGGCGGCAACUGGUUCGAGACGGGGCGCCUGCUCGUCGAGGUCGACGGCUUCAGGGGCAACGCGUCCAACACGGUGGAGUUCAAGUCGGUCGGGAGCGACUGGGCGCCGGACCUGGUUGGCUUCGAGGUCUUUGAGCGAAGCUAG